AACUCAGUCACUCAAAGUUUAGUUUAGUUUUGUCUUCAAAAAAGACUUUGUUGCUGCAGUCUCUUGGACGCGAUCUGGCUCCCGCUUGACAACAACCGUAUAUCACUAUCACUCUAUUUGUUGUUGAAAUGAAACCUUCUGUUGAAUGUUCUCUUGAUGAUGGGGAUGAUGAUCUCCUUGAUGCAUAUAUGACAUCUUUGGAAAACAAUGUUGGAGGUUCUAUUGAGAUGGUGGCAGUGGAGAUACUAGUAGUGAUGGGAGUGAAUAUGAGGGUGGUGAUGCCGAUGGGAGUGGGUAUGAGGAUAGUGAUGCCGAUGGGAGUGGGUAUGAGGAUAUUGAUGUUGAUGUUGAUGUUGAUGUUGAUGGGAGUGGAGAUAAUUGCAAUGAUGCUGAGGGGAAUGAAGAUGAUAAAAGUGGGGAUGAUGGCAGUGACGGUGAUGGCUUGGGUGACAUUGAUAGUGAUGAAGAUUUUAAAGAGGUCUAUGAAUCAGAUAAUGAGGACAUACUAUUAUUUGAAGAUGAUGGUGACAAUGGCAUUAGGAGAAGUAUGGUUGCAAAUCCAACGUUCAAUCCUAAGGUUACUUCAGAAAAGUUGAUCUUUGAACUUGGAAUGGAAUUUACUGAUCUCAAAGAAUUUAAAAAUGCUAUCAAGAGCUAUGCGGUUGAUGGUGGGUACCAAAUACAUAUAGUGAGGAAUGAGAAGACAAGAUGUCAAGCAAAGUGUGAUGUUGGAUGCCCGUGGGUGAUAUGGUGCUCUCAAAUCAAAGGGGAGAGUACUUACCAAAUUAAGACAUACUUUAAACAACAUAUGUGUAAUCGGAGACUAGAAAACAAGCAAGCCAAUAGCACAUGGCUAGCAGUGAGAUUGGUGGACAAGAUAAGAGGGGAACCAAAAGUGAGUGCAGCUGAUUUGGUUACAUAUGCAAAGGAACACAUGUCUUUGGCAAUUUCAAGGACACAUGCAUAUAGAGCAAAGAAGAAAGCAUUGGACAUGAUCGAUGGGAAACAUAAAGAACAUUAUGGUCAGUUGAGAAGUUACAUGUCUGAGGUUUUAAGGACCAACAUCGGUAGCACAUGCAAUUUACUUGUGGAUAGGGAUAGACUAGAAGACCCUGCAGUGUUCAAGCGGGUAUAUAUGUGCCUUGCUCCGUUGAGGAAUGGGUUCCUUGCUGGAUGUAGGCCUUUGAUUGGUCUAGACGGGUGUUUUUUGAAAACUGUUUAUGGUGGUCAAUUACUUACUGUAGUAGCACAUGACGGUGCUAAUGGGAUUUUUCCCAUAGCAUGAGCGGUUGUCGAAAGGGAGAACGGAGAUUCAUGGGAAUGGUUCUUAAGAAAGUUACUAUUGGACAUCGGAGGGUUCGAUAGGAGGAGAUGGUGCUUUAUUUUUGAUAGGCAAAAGGGAUUGGUGUCAACCAUUGAUAAGCUUGAAAGAGAAGUGGAACAAGGCAUUGAGCAUCGAUUCUGUGUGAGGCAUAUUUAUGCCAACUUCAGCAAAAAAUGGCCAGGAGCUCAUUAUAGAAAAUUGGUAUAUGAUUAUGCAAAGGCCACAACAAUGCAAGAUUUCCUCUCACACAUGCAGAAGCUAAAAGAGUUAGAUGAAGAGGCUUGGAAGUAUUUGGAUGACAUAGUUCCAUGUUUGUGGACUAGGGCAGCUUUCUCGACAUUUAGCAAGAAUGAUGCCAUUGUGAAUAACAUGUCAGAGAGCUUCAAUGGUAAGAUUGUGCAAAUUAGAGGCAAACCAAUUAUCACAAUGUUAGAGGAGCUAAGAGCUGAUGCAAUGGAUAGGCAUGUUAGAUUGAGGAUAAAGAUGGAAAGGAAACAAGGGAGACUUGUGCCAGAAGUGCAUGAUAGAUUAGUUAAAGAGUUCCAGAAAAGUAGAUUAUGGACAGCAAAAUGGUCUGGAGAUUCAGAACAGUCAGCUUUUCAGGUGAGCAAAAAGCCAGAGCAAUACGUUGUCAAUGUAAAACAAGCAUCAUGUACUUGUAGGUCAUGG